AUGGAACAAUAUCAUCAAAAAUUGAUCAACGAUUGUAUGUCAGAUUUAAUAUAUGUUACUUCCGAUUUAGAAACUAUUGUUGAAAAUUUAUUAGAAAAAAAUGAAAAUGAGGGAGAAUUAAACAAAAAAACAACAUUUUACAAAUUAAUUCAAGGACGGGGACCUGAUGCAUUUACAUCUUUAUGCAGAGUAUUAGAAGAAACAAAUAACAUAAAAGCUUGCAACAUUUUAACAUCGUCCCAAACAAGUGAGAAAGAGGAACAACAAUUAAGUUCAAUUGAACUAUUAGACACCAUGUCAUUCAAAAACACCAUCUCUGAACAUGAUGAGCCAUAUGUAAAAAUUCAUCCUGAUCCCAAAUCCAUUGAAAAUGAUGUAAAUAAUUUACAAAGUGGUCAUGAUGUUUAUCCAAUGAGAUCAAAUCCUAAGGGCCAUGCAUUGAUUUUAAAUAUCAAUAAUAUAAAAGAUAAAGACAAAAUUACAGGAUUUGAUGUUGACAUGGCAAACGUAAAUAAAUUAUUUAAAGGCCUUGGAUUUAUUGUUCACUCAAAAGCAGAUUUAACUGAAAGAGAAAUAAAAAAUGUUAUUAAUGAGUUCAUGAGUAUAUGCCGUAGCGAAAAAGCUAAUUCUAUUGUUGUUUUUAUAAUAUGUCAUGGUGUAACUGGAAAAGAUUCAACUAGAUCAACUGGUAUGUUGACUGAAGAUGGCAUUACAAUAAAUACUGACUGGUUGAUUGAGCAAUUCUUACAUAAAAAAUUAUCUGGAAAUAUACCAAUGUUAUUUUUCAUUGAUGCAUGUCGAGGACCAGAUAGAGAUUUUGGUUGGAAAUACUGCAGUGGUGAAAAUAAUUACAUACAAAAUUAUGAUGAUGAUAUGUACCCAAUCGGAACAAUUUCCGACCAACGUUAUCAAGAUGUUUUCAUAGCAUAUGCCACUGUUCCUGGGCAUACUGCUAUACGUGAUCCAUUAGAUGGGUCAUGGUUCAUACAAAAGUUGUGUCAAGUAUUUUGUGAAAAUGCUUAUAAUACUGAAUUGGCUAGAUUGAUGUGUUUGGUGGAUAUUAAAUUAGAUGAACUGAGCAGAAUUGACCACAGGUCUCAAACAGCAGAAUGGUCAUUUAGAGGUUUCAGAAAAAAGUUUUACUUUAAUCCAGGCCUAUAUGAAGAUAAUUCAGAUAAUAAUAUUUUAAUGACUUCUUCAACCAAUCCUACUGAUAUUUAAGCAGAAUAUCAUUUUUCAAUUAUUAUUUACUUAAGUUUAUGUUAAGUCUGGAAUUUUUUUAUUAAAAUUAUACAACUUAUAUUGAUAAUAUAUAUUUUAUAGUUUUUUUUUUUAUUUUAAACGUUUUAGUUGUACUAAAUAUUGGUCUAACAAAAGUUUUUUUUCUUUUUUAACUUGCUGUUUACAAUUUAUAUAUAUAUUCAUCAUAUUCAUAACAAAUACAUUACAUUAUAUUAUAAUAAAUAUUUAUUAUUUUUAUUAUUUCAAAGAAAAUUGGAUUAAUUAGGAU